AUGGAUACCAGACCAACAGACGCUGAUGGUGUUCCACAUACAACUUGCAACAUCUGUUUCAAAACUUUCGCGUGUCGAAGUGCUUUAGAUAUCCAUUACAGAAGCCACACAAAGGAACGUCCGUUUUCCUGCGACGUAUGUGAGCGAACCUUUACAACCAAGGGCAACAUGCGUCAGCAUAUGCUUACUCACAAGAUUCGAGAUCUUCCAAGUGGUUCAUUUAAUGAAAAUAGCAGUAGCUCUGAUAGAACUCAAGACGCAAGAGACGCUGAACCAUAUACAGAAAAUACACCCCAAGAGACCAACACAGUUAGUCAAUCAACUCAAGAUCGUGAACCAACAAAAUCAUCUCCUGAGAUGGAUUCCAAACCCAGCAAUACUAAUAACAACAAUCCACAACUCGCCAACAAUAACAGCAAUAACAGCGACGAAUCUCCUUUUACCAGACGCAACGGAAGCAAACACAUCUGUCCUACCUGCCAGAAAUCCUUCUCCAGUGGCAGUGCUCUGAUGAUCCACACCAGAACUCACACUGGAGACAAACCCUUCAAAUGUAAUGUCUGUGGCAAAGCUUUUACAACCAGAGGCAACCUGAAGGUGCAUAUG